AUGAUCUACACGUCGACCAUCUUAGUAUCAAACAUCCAUUGCCCGUCCUGCGUGUCCUACGCCCAAGAUGUCCUGCGUGAAGUGCCAGCUAUUUUUUCGGUGGACGUUUCACUGAUUGACCACACCAUUCGUGUCAAACAUGAACAGGACCAAACUCAGGAAAUCAUCGUCAAGGAGUUAAUCAAAGCGGCCUUUGAAGUCCAGCACGUCACAACUGUCGGCCCCGGUGGAGUUCAGAGUCAUGACUAUGAUGUUUCACACGGCUCCACUACCGCCUCGGUCUCACGGUCGACAUGGCUCAUGUCGAGGGCUCAACGCAAACAUAUUGCCAACUGCAAAGCAUGUCAACAAAAGAGAGAUCGAACCCCGACAAGGAGAGGGUCUUGGGCAGCACUUUCCCGUGCCUGUCGACCCAGUUUGUUCAGAAACAAAUCAACCGACAAUCGCACUCGAAUCUCGGAUGAUACCCUGGUGGAACAGGAGCCUGCCGAUGUCCACACAGAACCCCGCGAGUACAUUGCCCACAUCUCCAUUGGGGGAAUGACGUGUGCAUCUUGCAGUGGCACAAUCGCGAAAGAGUUGGCCAACCUUGACUUUGUCAAAUCGAUUGACGUUCGCCUUAUGACCAAUAAUGCAAGAGUGGUCUUCCAAGCUCCUCCACAAAAUUCCGGUCGAAUCGUUGAAGCGAUUGAGGACUUGGGUUACGAAGCUACGAUUGACGACGUGUUGCCUUCUACUCCUGAAAAGCGGAUUUCGACGACCGCCAGAAGAGAGUAUAAAGUCUCUCUCCACAUAGACGGUAUGACAUGCGGAAGUUGCGUGGGAACCAUUACCCGGGGGCUUCAGGAGUUGCCAUUUGUACGCUCUGUCAACAUCGAUCUGGUUAGAAAUAGUGGCGUGGCCGUCUUUUCCGACCGGCAAAAUCUCGAAUCGAUUUUGGAAAAGAUUGAUGACUUGGGAUACGACUCGGCCGUGGUAAAGGUGGACGCUCUUGAUGAUACGAUCCCAGCUGAGGAGCAGGAGAGAGCGGUGCAGAUCCAAAUCGACGGCAUGUAUUGUGAGCACUGUCCGGAUAAUAUUAAAUUCGCUCUCGAGACCACCUUAUCUCCAUCUCGUGGUGAUGGCAAGCCCAACCACACUAUUACUCAGUGGCCGACACUCGAUGACCCUCUCAUUACAAUCGUAUACCGACCCUCUCCUCCGGACCUCACGGUGCGCACGUUCAUCUCGGUGAUCGAUGCCACCCAUGAAGCAUUCCAUGCCAGCGUCUACCAGCCACCGACUUUGGAAGAACGUUCCCGUCGAAUGCAAAGGCGAGAACAGCAACACAUCCUCUGGCGACUGUUAUUCACGGCCGUGGUUGCUAUCCCCACCUUCAUCAUUGGUGUCGUGUACAUGAGCCUGGUCCCAGAAUCCAACCGAACACGACAAUGGCUUCAGGGACCGAUCAUGGCGGGUAAAGCUACGCGUAUGGAAUGGGCACUCUUCUUCAUGACCACCCCGGUCAUGUUCUUUGGUACAGACAUUUUCCAUCGACGAGCCUUCAAAGAAAUCAAAUCCAUGUGGAGGCCAACGAGCAAAGUACCCAUUCUCCGUCGAUUUUAUCGUUUCGGGAGUAUGAAUCUGUUGAUCAGUGCGGGAACUUCAGUGGCCUAUUUCUCUUCGUUGGCCAUCCUGAUCAUGGAUGCUACCGACCAGUCCCAGUCCGAGGGAGAGCACCGAUCAUCCGCGGCAUACUUUGAUACGGUCACGUUUCUCACCUUCUUCAUCCUUAUCGGCCGCUUCCUAGAAGCGUAUAGCAAAGCCAAGACUGGUGAUGCCGUCGCCAUGCUCAGCAAGCUACGACCGUCGGACGCUUUCCUGGUGGAGAACCGUGACACAAACACUCAUGGAACACAGCCCAGCAUCCGGAAAAUUCCUGUGGAUCAAUUAGAGGUGGGCGAUAUCGUCCAGAUUCCUCACGGAACUUCUCCGCCGACGGAUGGCACUGUCGAUCAGCAAGGGACAUUCCUCUUCGACGAGAGCUCUCUCACGGGGGAGUCAAAGCCUGUCCAAAAGACAUAUGGGGAGGAAGUCUACACAGGAUCGGUCAAUGUGUCCGACCCCGUCCGGGUUCGAGUGACCGCAACGAGCGGUACAUCCAUGCUAGACCAAAUUGUUCAUGUUGUUCGUGAGGGUCAAGCCAAGCGAGCUCCGAUUGAACGAAUUGCAGACAGCCUGACCGGUUACUUCGUCCCUGUCAUCACUCUUCUGGCCAUUCUGACCUGGCUGAUCUGGUUAGGCCUCGGUCAGUCAGGAGCACUUCCACAGGCAUGGCUUGACGUAUCUCAAGGAGGGUGGCCUUUCUGGUCUCUCGAAUUUGCAAUUGCGGUCUUUGUGGUUGCCUGCCCCUGUGGAAUUGGUCUGGCGGCACCUACGGCGCUCUUUGUUGGUGGUGGACUCGCCGCUCAACAGGGGAUCUUGGUCCAAGGAGGAGGUGAAGCAUUUCAAGAAGCGUCUCAAAUUGAUGCUAUUGUGUUUGACAAGACGGGCACAUUGACGGAAGGUCAAAUGCGCGUCACUGAUUUUGAAAUGCUUCAUCCAGCAGAUGACCGGACGGUCGCAGAAGGAAUCAUUCUGGCCGCUUCUCGCAUCAUGGAACAAUCCAGUACUCAUCCAAUGGCAAAAGCGAUCGUGGAUUACUGUGCACAGAAAGCUGACGAAGCCCCGGUCGAGCACCAGGAGGUCAAAGAAGUACCUGGGCAAGGGAUGACCGUCAAAUUCACGGUCAAAACCAGUCCCACCACCACGCAAUAUGAGGCGGCGCUGGGGAAUGAAAGGCUUGUCCGGUCACUUCCCCAUUCAGAGGGCGCCGAAUCGAUAUCCGGCAUGGCAUUGUCAUCAAGCCAAAGCAAGAACGAAGUUGCGACGAAUGAAGACUUCUACCUUGACCCAGUGCUACGAAAACAUCAGUCCCUCGGUCAUUCGACCGCUAUAUUCGCCAUCAGGGAGACACCACCGGAGUCGGAAGAGAUCUCUCCAAUUCAAGCACUCUUCCGGCCCGUGGCGCUUUUUGCGAUCGCCGACCCUAUCCGUGUCGAAGCUCCGAGUAUUCUUCAAUCCUUACGAGAGUCCAACCUCGAAGUCCACAUGUGCACAGGCGAUAAUCAAACAACCGCCAUGGCCAUUGCUUCUCAGCUUGGAAUUCCAGUAAGCAAUGUUCGUGCGGGAGUCCUCCCUCAAGACAAGGCGGCCUACAUCUGCGAAUUACAGCGCUUGCCAUCAAAUCACAACUCUAGCCCAAAUGAUAAGCACUCCCACCGCCAAAUCAUCGCCUUUGUAGGCGACGGCACGAAUGACACACCUGCUCUGUCCGCUGCGGACGUGUCCAUUGCCCUCUCCUCAGGCUCCGACGUCGCCGUCACCACCGCGUCCUUCAUCCUCCUCAACUCGGACUUGACCACCAUCCUUUCGCUGGUUAGACUGGCCAAACGGGUCUUCCUGCGCGUCAAGCUCAACUUUGCUUGGGCCGCCGUGUAUAAUCUGUGUCUUGUACCGGUUGCUGCUGGGGUAUUCUUCCCAAUUGGUGCCAAUGAGGACCAUGGAGGAUGGAGGUUGGGACCCGUCUGGGCCAGUGUCGCCAUGGCGGCGAGCAGUGUCAGUGUGGUCAUGAGUAGUCUGGCUUUGAAGCUACCUGCGAUUCGGUGGACAAAGAACUUGUAUUGA